AUGCGUUGCUCAACACUGUUGGUGCCGGCACUGGUAUCCCUUGCUCUCGCUGCGCCAACCUACCCCACGCUCAACCUCCAAGCCGCGUUGCCGGGUAGCAUCGAACAAAUCUCCGAGUACUUCAACAUGCUGGCAACCAAGGUUCAGGCCACAAAGUAUCUGUCCACCGCACCAGUCUGCGACCUCUCCACGGCUAAGCUACCUGAAGCCGCAACCGAGACUCUCGGCAAGCCCAGAGAGGGCCUAUUCCUCAUGCACAUCGCCAUCGGCCGCGGAACCCAGAACUACACCUGCGACACCAGCAACGCAACAGCAGUCCCCGUCGCCACUGGCGCCGUCGCGACGCUCUUCAACGCCAGCUGCGUGGGCUCCCUGUACCCGGACCUGCUCGACAAGCUGCCCGUCGUGGCCAUGGACUUCAACCUCACAGAGGAGGAGACGAACCGCCGCCUGGGACCGAGCAACCUCGUCAUCUCGGGCCAUCACCACUUCACCGGCAAGGGCGUCCCGCUCUUUAUGCUCGAGAACGACGGCGCGUCCGUCGGGGACUCGUACUGCGCCAAGAACGCGUCCAUGCCCGCGCCCCUCACGGCGCAGUCCGGCCAGCACGGCGAGGCGGCGGUCCCCUGGCUCCGGCUCCGUACCGUCGAGCCCAGCACCGGGGACGUCCAGGAGGUGUACAGGAUACACACUGUCGGAGGCAGCGCGCCGGCUUCGUGCCAGGGCCAGGCUGCUACGAUUGAAGUCCAGUACGCUACACAAUACUGGUUCUUCUCUGGCUCCGCUCAAUAA